AUGACCAUACCAAUUGCCGAAUAUGUGAAUGGCAGCACAGAUAAUGUUCAACGCGAAAUGCUGUAUUUUCCUGCACUCCUCUUCCAAGUACUUGCACAGAUUCUACAAGCCCUCUCACCACAGCAUGCCGCCGCCGAAACUUUGGGGAUCAGCAAUUAUGCUGACUGCGAUCGCCUAUCUCAAUCAUUUUACCUGAUCGGGAAUAAAUUAGUAUCCAUGCUGGGUCGACACCAUCCAACAUUGUGCUCGAUAGAGCACGAUCUUGUUUCUUCCUGCUGGUUGAAGAAUUCUGGUCGAGGUUCAGAAGCCUGGUAUCGACUUGGAAGCGCAGUCAGACAAGCUCAAGAACUAGGGUUGCACAGUCUACCUCAAAGUAUUGAGCAGACACCAGAAGACAGUCUGGAGUCGAAUCUACUGAAGAUCUGGGCCCUCGAACACCGGAAACGUAUUUGGGCUCGGUUGUUUGUUGUAGACAGUAUUCUGGCUCUAGCAUUAGGAAGACCUCGACUUCUCCAUCGAGAGGAUUGCUCAACUCCCGCGCCUCUAAACUGUGAGUAUCCCAAAGAUCCAGCAAGGACAGUCCCGUUGUCCCUGGACGACUCACCAUUUACUACCACCCUCCCGUUUCUCACAUUGGCAAACAAAAUACAUGACAUGUUAUCUUUCGUAGCCAAUGGAAUUUUCACCCGAGACUAUACCAAGGUGUUAUCAGUUCAUCAGGAUGUAUAUUCACUUCGAAAAAAACUGCCUCUAUCAUUGCCGGGAAACUUCCCAGGCCCAUGUCCGGAUCCGCGGACCGCGCGGCUGACCGUGAUACGUCUAAGCAUACUGAACUCGAUCAAUGUCAUUCUUGUCGCCUUACACAGACCAUUCCUCCGUACUCAACCCUCCAGCCGAACAGCAGCCGUAAACGCUGCAUUAGAAGGAUUAGAACUGCAAAAUUCCAUCUGCGAUCUCAUUCCCUAUCCUCAGUCUAAAGCAUACGGAACCGUGUUCUACACCAUCGACGCCUCCGUUUUUCUUUGCGGGAUCAUGAUCGAAAUGCCGCCCACGGAUCCCGCCGAAGACCGUCGAAUCAGACAGGCUCUCCUCGAAAGUAUAGAAGCGGGUGAGCAGAUACUGCGACAUUUUUGCCAGAAAAUCCAGGUUGCUCGCCGGAGUUCUUGGGAGCCAGUAGACUGUUUUCAGCAGGCUGAUCAGCAACCAGAGGGAUUGGAAAGGGACAGCCUCGGGAAUAUUUCUAUUCCACCGCCUCAGCAACACCCAUACGAAACUUAUCAGUCACUAUUCGGCGAGGGUCAGAGCUCCUAUGAGCAUUUGGACCCAAUUCAAGAUCAAUCUCUGGGCUUGGAGGACCCUUCUUCAGGUGAUAUUGGAAAUUUCUCGCCGUCGCUUCAAGUUCUGAGCCAGAAUGGCUAUCUAUGGUCUCCCGAGUACAAUUUCUCCUGA